CUCUGCGCUUUAAACCAGCACCGCGCAAUCGGAUGCAAGCGCGCACACAUCAUCUGUGAACUACUGAGGAUCCUUCAGCAGCACAGGGCACUCAAGAAUCAGCCUAAGUGCAAAAAAAAAGUUAUUAAAUGUUGGUAAAAAUGGUGCUUUGGUAAUGUCAACCUAGAAUAUUUUGCAUUGUCCAUUAAUGGCUCUGUGUGUGUAUUAAUAACAUGCAUUUUUAAAAGAAUUUAAAAAAAAAAAAAUGGAGGUAGAACAUUUGAAGAGACUGUUGGAGUGUUUAAAUGGCACUUUUCUGAACGGGAGUCUGGACCUGAGCGACAAUAACGACACGUGCGCAGAAGAGCGCUUUAUUUCCCCAGAGCGACCUGCACGAGCUAAAGAAAUGGACUCCGUGCGGAUUCUGCUGUACUCUCUGAUUUUCCUGCUUAGUGUCUUUGGCAACCUGCUCAUCAUUGUGGUUUUGGUGGUGAAUAAGCGAAUGCGGACGGUUACCAACUCCUUCCUUCUCUCUCUGGCUGUCAGUGAUCUGAUGAUGGCUGUGUUUUGCAUGCCCUUCACCUUCAUCCCAAAUCUGCUGGAGGACUUCAUCUUUGGAGCUGCCAUGUGCAAGACUGUGGCAUAUCUCAUGGGGAUUUCUGUCAGCAUAUCUACCUUCAGUCUUGUGGCCAUAGCAAUCGAGAGAUACAGUGCUAUCUGUAAUCCUCUGAAGUCACGGGCCUGGCAGACGCGCUCCCAUGCAUACAAAGUUAUCUCUAUGACUUGGGCUCUGUCUUUCCUUCUCAUGACCCCAUACCCAGUCUUCUCCUCACUUGUAAGCUACACCAAACCUAACAACAUCACCGGACAUAUGUGCCGCCAUGAUUGGCCCAAAGACCAGGUGAAGCAGGCUUGGUGCAUCCUGUUGCUGAUGAUACUCUUUGUUAUACCUGGAGUGGUGAUGACCAUUGCUUAUGGGCUCAUCUCCCGAGAGCUCUAUUGCGGAAUACAGUUUGAGAUGGCGCAGAAGAAAAGCCAUAGUGGAACGAGGAAUGGUGCAACUGCCACCUUCUCAUCUGGCAUUGAUCAUGGUGAUGGCUGCUACAUUCAGGUAUUGAAGCGCCCUUGCUCCAUGGAGAUGUCCACUCUGACCCUGGCUGCCUCUGCCAAGGUGGACCGUCCUCGCAGCAAUGCCUCUGAGACCAAGCUUAUGGCCAAAAGGCGUGUGAUCCGCAUGCUGAUUGUCAUUGUAACCAUGUUCUUCAUCUGCUGGAUGCCCCUGUACUCUGUUAAUACCUGGAAGGCAUUCCAUCCGCCUUCUGCCCACAGGGUUCUCUCUGGAGCCCCAAUCUCUUUCAUUCACCUCCUGUCCUACACUUCAGCCUGCGUCAAUCCCAUUAUCUACUGCUUCAUGAACAAGCGGUUCCGCAAGGCUCUGAUAACUACUUUCUCCUGCUGCUGCCAAUCAUGCCGGCCACGGCGCUUCAGUGAGGGAGAUGAUGAUGUCACUGCCACUGGGGCAUCUGUUUCGAAGUUUAACUACACCACUAUCAGCACCAUGGGGCCAUGCUAAUUUCCAGCAAAUAAGGGAGGUGGCUUGAUCUUACCUUACUAAGAUAGACGGAGACAGGGAUGGAGAAGGUUCAGUGAAUUGAUCGUUGCCUUGGACUGGUUGAAGACUAAAUGGUAAAUGUCUUGCCUUAAGAAGAAUAAACCUAAGGUUGACUUUGCAGUAUUUGAGAAUGUGCUGCUGUGACAAGUUAAUUGUGUAGUAUUAACAAUAACAUCAGCAUGCUAAUCCAUCACUUAUUGUUGUUUUGCAAUUUUUGAUUGCCUUAACUAUUGGAUAUGUAUAAUAUGCUUGUUGUUACCUGUAUUUUAUUAUACUGUACUUACAGUAACCUAGUGCUGUUUUUAAGGACCUGCUGUAUUGUGUUGUGGAGAUGUUUCGUUACUUUUAGCAGUCGGUGGGAUAAAAAAUUUAUUUUGAUUUAAAACAAAUAUACAGAUGUGUAACAUAGUAAAGUAAAAACGUUCUCUUUGAGUGGAGAAAUAUGAAGUGCGGAAAUGUUUCUAGACCAGCUUACUGCGUGGUAGCACAAUUAUAAACCUGCCAUGUAGUAUGUAGACAAGACAUAUUUAUACUAGUAGACAAGUAUAAAAAUACUGAGCAGGCCCACAUGGAUGUCCUUGAUUUUACAUCAAGAUAGUAAGAGGAAAAGAUCUACAUGACUUUGAAAAUGGGUUCAUUAUUGGGGCUCACAGGGCAGGAGAUUUAGUAACAAAGAUUGUCUUAAUAGCAACACGGACUAAAGUGACAUCUGCAUUUAGAUCUAUGGAACAAAUUCCAAUGUAUAGGUUGGAAAUAAAUAUGAUUAUGAAAUAUUACAGAUACAUACUUGUUAAUUAUGUGACUUUUUGUCAGUUGUACAAUAAUAGAAAAUGAAACAAAAACACCACAGUACAGCUUUAAUUGCAGCUGCAACUAAUUUUGGAAAUAAUAAUACAAUCAUACUAUAUUUUCUUGCUUUUCUUUGAUUGCACUCAUUGGUUGUGGUUUUCCUUCAUGUACACACUCUUACUGCUGGAGAUUCCUCUAUGCUGCCAGUGACCUUGUGCUAUGAAUUUCUCACUUCACAAGUUCUCACUAUAAUUUAUACCAUGGUUUCUAAUAGAAGUAAAAAAAGAAUGGAUCAGAAUCUACCAAAGGAGUGCUGUUUACAGUCACCUCUCUUACUAUCCCACCCUUAAUUUUCCACUCAUCCUCUAGCUUUGUUUAUUUUCCUUCAUUUGAAAUAAUUCGCUAAUCAAUGAGAAUCUGCUGUCUGGGUCUGUUUUAUUCUGAACAGUGGAAUCAACAAAUCCAGAAAAAGUUUCCUAGGCCCCACUCUCUGAUUAUAACUAAUAAAAGUAGCACAGAGCUCUGUUUUUGAAGCUUACUCACCAUCAUCUCAGUCUGGUCUGGAAAAUCAGACCAGCUUAAAACAAAUUUUUCAGAAUAGGAUCAAAAUGUCGACAUUUCCAUUUCGUUCCAAACUGCCUUCAGCUGUAUCAAGGGUAUUCUUUUUUAGACAUGUUUAAAUACUCAGUCACACCUGGAAUGACUUCAUCCGAUGUUUGACAGCAACACUCACCCAAUGCUGAGCAUGAUGUCAUCCUACAAUUUGUAACAGAGCGGUGAGUGAUUGGCAAGUGGUGAUUAAUGUGCUUGUAGCUACAUGUUCAAAUUUUGUUGAAGUUUGAGAGGAUUCAUGCAUGUAUAACAUGUAGAAAUACAAUAUAGUUUUUGUGAUGUUGUGGAAAACUUAAUAAUUAAACUUCACACUGAACCCAGAACCCCAUACAAAACAAAACAACACAUCAUUCUGUUUCAGUUCUUAUGGAAACCACUUCAUUGUCAUUCAAUAGCAUGUCUCCUUUGAGACAUAAAAAUAUAGAUAAAAUUCCAUUUCGAUUUGUUAAUCAAAUGUGACCACAUGCAAAGAGCACAUGCCCUAUAAUUCUUCUAAAUGAUAUAUUUAGAAAUUCAAAUAUUCAAAUGUUUCUGUCUGAAAGACGCUGAAUCUGUAUCACUCUCAUUCACAACUUUUAUUUGUGACUAAACCUAUUACAAUGUUGAUUCAUCACAGUUUUUUGGAACGUCUGGGGAGUGAGACAUUGGUUUAGCAGCUUGUACAAGAACUCAGGAUAAAGGUGUCUUAAGAUGGCCUCUUGCUGUCCAGAGAUUAAGCAAAUACAUAACAAAGCUUGUAAAUAUUGGAAAAAUUGGCAGAAACCUUUCCAGAUACUUCCAGUCAAUUUUAUCUCUGCUUACUCAUUUAUAGACCUCAGUGGCCAAACAUCUGAUCCACUGGCCACAGGAAACCUGAAAGCAUGUUAUCUAACAGGACAAUGUUCAACUGAAAUAUCAGUUUAAUUAAUAAAGAAUAUUUUGAACAUUGCUGCAUUACAACCUCAUACGUUUAUAGGUUUUUGUGUUCAUUUCUCUUGUCAGAGUUUUACCAGGUAAAUAAGAUAAAAACAAAAUAAAAACAACCGAGACCUGUUUAUUAUUAAAAUAGACAUUGAGGUUUUAGACACUGAUGGUUUGGAGGAGGUACAUCAGCUAGUAGAACCAUUUUAGUAGUUCACAUAAAAUAAUCACAAUUAGCUAGUAGUUCUGUAGCAACAAUGAAAAACUCAGCCAUUACUGCUUUGGUAAAAAGAAACAAAAUUGACUAAUAAACCAGUAUUUCUUUGUAGCUAAUAGUAGUAUCUCAAGUAUUAAUAAAGUAUUAGUCUCUGCAUUUUGGCCUGGUCUACAGGACAAUGUUGUACAAUGUUGUAAAAUCAUGUAAUUUUAUUAGAUAUUGUGUUAUUUUGGGUAAAACUGUAUUUUAUUGGUGUUAAUUUUUAACAGAAUAAAAUAUGAUUAAGAUGCAAAAACAAGAUUAAAAUGUUUUAUAGUGUGAUUUAACUUCACCAGGUUAAGCUGACCGUCAUGGACAAUGUAAAAUGUUAAUGAUUGUAUUUGUAAUUGUUUACUAACGCUUUCUCAAAUAUUCGAAUAUAUAUACGAUGUAAGAAGAAAAUGUUUCUCUCUGCAUUCAUGUGUUUAGUUGUGUGAGAGAAGAAACCGCUUUAAUAUGUGUUGUAAAUUUAGAGAUUUAACGACAUUCAUUGGAAUCUUAUAUUAAGAUAAUGUUCUGAUGUAAAAUUCUGCAUCAGAGCAGACACCGAGACACUGAGAGAAUGGGUUAUGAACUAGAAGAUCAGACACUAUGUGUUGUGUGAGCACUGACAAUGAUCAGGAUUGAUGAAAGCUAAUGGCAGACCAAAAAAAAAGGAGAAAUUGUUAGUGCAUGGUGCAGCGUUUGUGUGUGUAAUCUUGGUUGGAGAUGAUUACUUGACUAUUGUCAAUUGUUAUGUGUCUUGAUGUUAUGUUCGUGUAUUCCUGUGUACAUUUUAUUAAAUGAACAAACAAACAAACAAACAAACAAACAAAUAAAUAAAUAAAUAAAUAAAUAAAUAAAUAAAUAAAUAAAUAAAGGCUGUAUUUCCUCA